UGUUUUGAAACGCAGUAUUAAUAUUAUUUACGUAACUAGUGCGUGAAAGAGGUGCGCUGGAAUUUUGUUUCAUUGAGUAUAUAUGCAGUGCUAGAGGUGUUGGUACACUGUAUAACGUUAGUAAACUAUUAACUCUGAAAAGUGGCAUUUAUUUGAAGCUACAUGAAAUUGCAGUUACAAACAGGAGGGAUCGAUAGUGCAGUGCUGCAUAAUGUAAAUUGUUUAUAAAAAUACUGGUGAAAACUACACGGUUUAAAUGUUUUUAACUGUGGGAUUUUAAUUUACAGAACAGUAUGUUCCAAUUCGUGUCAUUAUAUCGAACGUUACUGUUGUUGCUUCACUUCGAAGAGAAGUUUGCUAGUUUGCUGGACAUUUGAUCUGUGUAUUGAGGCCACUUUGAUUAGAGAAAUAGAUCAAGAUACUUGGUCAUCAUGUUGAACCAAAGUGGGGAAGAACCUGUGGAGUGCCCUUUGUGCAUGGAACCACUUGAAGUGGACGACCUCACCUUCUUUCCUUGCACAUGUGGUUAUCAGAUCUGCCGUUUCUGCUGGCACAGAAUCCGGACGGAUGAGAAUGGGUUGUGUCCGGCUUGUCGGAAAGCAUACCCAGAGAACCCCGCAGAUUUUCGACCUCUUUCCCGAGAGGACGUGGCCCACCUCAAGACUCAGAAGAGACAAAAGUAUCAACAACGCAAGCAGAAGAUAAUAUUGAACCGUAAACAUCUCGCAAAUGUCCGUGUUGUCCAGCAUAACCUUGUGUUUGUUGUUGGGUUGCCUUCGAGGCUGGCGGAUGCAGAGGUACUGAAGAAACAUGAAUACUUUGGAAAGUUUGGAAAGAUUCAAAAGCUUGUCAUCAAUCAGAGCACUUCCUAUGCUGGAUCUCAGGGACCUAGUGCCAGCGCAUAUGUGACAUACCAAAAACCGGACGAUGCUCUGCGGGCAAUUCAAGCAGUCGGUAAUAUCGUGGUGGAUGGCCGCACCAUCAGAAGUUCCCUAGGUACAACAAAAUACUGUUCAUACUUCUUGAAGAACCAAAUGUGUCCUAAAGCCGACUGCAUGUAUCUCCAUGAAAUAGGCGACGAUGAAGCAAGUUUCACGAAGGAAGAUAUGCAACAAGGAAAGCACCAGGAGUAUGAGAAGAAACUGCACGAGCAAUUGCUCAGUGUUAGCAGAGAAAGGAAANUAAUAUCAUCUGUGGCUGUGUCUUCGAAUGCUGCUAACUGUCACAAUAUGAAUGGCACUGCUACAGACUGUCCAUCUUGUGUUGGUAGCAGUAUCAAAGAAGUAUCGCCUAUAAGACAUACGAGGUUUACACCCGUUGGACAUUAUAAUGAGACUGACAUAUCAUCCAGUGAGAGCAGUAAAGGUGAUUACGGUCAACACAGGCAUAAGGUUUACUUUCAGACAAGUAACUUUGAGAAAACACACAUAUCAGACAAAGAAAGUAAAAGGAAAGAAGGCUGUCGAAGAAGAGCAACAGCACAAGAUAAACAGAAGAAUAAACAGAUUUGUAACUUACCAAACAUAAAAACGCUCUUGGAGCAUGUCAUAGACGAACCCAGUUCAAGUGGAGAUGUGAAUGAAUGUUCAAAGAAUAUGAAUUUAGAAAUUUUGGAAAGUGAAGACUAUGUACAGAGUAAGGAAAAUUUGAGAGCCAAAUUUGAUUCAAAUGGGGAAAAGCAUUUGUGUCGCGGAAGAGGUUGCGUAUUUUCUGAUCAGAGAGCCGUCUGUUUUGUCUCGGCUGGUAGUAUCAUUGCAAGAGGAGGUAUAUGACAUCACUCAGUAUUCAUUUCUAUGUUUUUAUUUUAUUUUGUGUGCUGAACAUUGCCCAGUCAGAAAAGUUAAAUGUCAUACAUACAUAUUCUAAAUUAAUACUGUGAUAGAAGACACUCUAAGUUUCAGCACUACUUGAACCAAAAUCUACCAUUAAUCAUGAUCUUGAGCUAUUUUUCCCCUCCUAAGAUUUUCGCUAACCUGUUAACCUAACAGCUAUCUUACUGUGAUCCUCCCUUUUUCUUCUUGGUCUUCCAAGAUGUCAUUUUCUAAGAGGUUUUCCAGAAAGUAUGAAUUUCUUGGGCAACUUUUGUGAUGUACAUUGAAAUGCUUUGAAGCUGCGUAUUGUACAGGAU